GAUGAGAAGAAUUCGAUGAGGAUGGGGUGCGAUUGGGUCAUCUUUGAUCAGGCACCCCAACAUCUGGGUCAUUUGGGCUCAAGGUUGAUAGGUUGCAUUUUUUCUUUGUAGCCCAAUGGCUCAUGACCCUUAUCUCAGACAUACCCAUCAUGCUUUUAUUUUUGUCAACCAUACCUACCAUUCUUGAGAACUCCUAUUGAUAGGUACAAUUACAAAGUUGAUGAUUUUCCAUUUCCCCACCAAUGAAAAACAGUAAAAGUUUGAUAUGAUGAUCCAACUUGAGCAUAAUCUAAUGAUAAAUAAUUACAUAUUACAUAGUCUUUUGACUCUUUUCCACCAUCACUAGGGAAACAAAAAGUGAGAGAUGUCAAAUUGUCAAUGAGGCAUUAUUGCUACAGGGAAGUGCUGCCCUUUGCAGCCAUGGUUGCAGUAGAGUGCUGCAACGUUGGCACAAACAUUCUAUUCAAAGUUGCUACCCUCAAGGGGAUGAGCUACUAUGUCUUCCUGGCCUACUCUUAUGCCAACUUUGUUCUUUUACCUUUCCUCUUCAUCUUUCGCAGCUCAGCAGUGUUUCCUUCAUUCAAGUUCCCUCUCAUCUUGCCUUUCAAAAAAAAAAAAAGGUUCCCUCUCAUCUCCAGAAUCUGCCUCCUCGGUUUUAUUGGGUUUUUUUCACAGCUAAUUGAAUAUAAAGACAUAGAAUAUAUCUCCCCAACUCUUGCUUCUGCCAUCAGCAACCUCAGACGGGCCUUUGCCUUCAUACUUGCCAUCGGCCCAACAGUUUUUUCCUCUGCAUCAACUGUUUCACUUCAAUGGGCUAUGGGAUCAUCACCAUCAAAUUGGUUCAUGGGUGGCCUCUUGCUUGCUGCUGAAUACCUUCUUCUUUCAGUCUGGUAUAUUAUUCAGACCCAAGUAAUGAAGAUAUAUCCAGCAGAGUUCACUGCUAUAUUCUUACACAAUGUUUGUGGAACUAUUAUAUCCAUACCAGUAUGCUUAGCAGCAGAACCAAACUUGAGUUAUUGGAUUCUGAAACAAGUGUAGCAAUUGCUGCAAUUGUAUACGCGGAGUUUAUUGGAAUACUAGUUACUGUUGGGCACACAUGUGGAUUGAACCUAAGGGGGCCAGUUUAUGUCACAUCAUUUAGGCCAUUGUCAAUUGCCAUUGCAGCAGCCAUGAGUACCCUGUUCCUUGGAGAUGUUCUGCAUCUUGGGAGAUACAAAAAAAAAAAAUCCUUUGUACUAUUCUCAAUUUUUGUUUGCUACUCCUUUUCACAAGCAAGGUAUAAAUGUUUGAUCCUGGU